CUCGUUGUUUACAAGCUCUCUUAUUACUACUUCUCUCUUCCUCUCUCUCCCUCUCUCUCUUCUCCUCCUCUCUUGUCGCAGCGAUUUCCACGCCAUUAGAGGGGGACAAACCUUGAGAGAGAGUGAGAGAGAGAGAGAGAGAGGGGUUUGCAACCAUCCCAGAAGACUUUUUCCAGCUCCGAAAGCAUGGUAUCUCUUAGCCAAAGCUCCAUUCUGGGCUGUGGGCAGACGACGGGAUUGCUGGGGUUGGGGAGGAGUAGGAGCUUGGCAGUUACGAGGAGAUCUGGGUUGGUGGUGAGGUGCAGUGGGGUUGCGAGGAGAGGGAGCUUGGCGAUGGAGAAUGUGAGUGAGAGCAACGGGUCGGCUGCUGCCUCGGUGGUGGACGCGAAAUCCGCCGUUGGUGGUGGCGUGCAGGAUGUCUACGGCGAGGAUCGUGCCACGGAGGAGCAGCAUGUCACCCCUUGGGCCGUCUCUGUUGCUAGUGGCUACUCACUGUUGAGAGAUCCACACCACAACAAAGGGCUUGCUUUCAAUGAGAAAGAGAGAGAUGCACACUACUUGCGUGGCCUCCUCCCACCUGCUGUGGUUAGCCAAGACCUUCAGGAAAGGAAGAUCAUGCACAGUCUUCGCCACUAUAAGGUGCCACUUCAGCGAUACAUGGCGUUGAUGGAUCUGCAGGAGAGGAAUGAGAGGCUUUUCUACAAGCUUUUGAUUGAUCAUGUUGAGGAGCUGCUUCCUGUUGUUUACACACCUACAGUUGGCUUGGCUUGCCAGAAGUAUGGUGCCAUUUUUAGAAGGCCACAAGGACUAUUCAUCAGUUUGAAGGAGAAGGGGAAGAUUCUUGAGGUAUUGAGGAACUGGCCUGAGAAGAGGAUUCAAGUUAUUGUGGUUACUGAUGGAGAACGAAUUUUGGGGCUUGGAGAUCUUGGCUGCCAGGGAAUGGGAAUUCCUGUGGGAAAACUUUCAUUGUACACUGCACUGGGAGGACUCCGCCCAUCUGCGUGCCUACCUAUCACAAUUGAUGUGGGAACAAACAAUGAGCAAUUGUUGAAGGAUGAGUUUUAUAUUGGGUUGAGGCAGAGACGGGCUACUGGACAGGAAUAUUUGGAGCUUUUGGAUGAAUUCAUGUCUGCAGUCAAGCAGAAUUAUGGAGAAAAAGUCCUUAUCCAGUUUGAAGACUUCGCGAACCAUAAUGCAUUCACAUUGCUUGAUAGAUACAGCAGAUCACACCUUGUGUUCAAUGAUGAUAUUCAGGGCACUGCUUCUGUGGUCCUUGCAGGGGUAGUUGCAGCACUAAAGUUGGUUGGUGGAACUUUGGCAGAGCACACUUUCUUGUUCCUUGGAGCUGGAGAGGCUGGCACUGGUAUAGCGGAACUCAUAGCUCUUGAAAUGUCAAAGCAGACAAAAGCUCCAUUGGAGGAGAGUCGCAAAAAGAUAUGGCUGGUGGAUUCUAAGGGAUUGAUUGUCGACUCCCGGAAGGACUCACUUCAGCAUUUCAAGAAACCUUGGGCACAUGAACAUGAACCUGUAAAAAACCUCUUGGACGCGGUUAAGGCCAUCAAACCUACUGUACUGAUUGGAUCAUCUGGAGUGGGUAGGACAUUCACACAAGAGGUGGUUGAAGCCAUGGCUUCAUUUAAUGAGAAACCCUUGAUUCUUGCUCUGUCAAACCCAACCUCACAAUCUGAGUGUACUGCUGAGCAAGCUUAUACAUGGAGCAAGGGCCGUGCAAUUUUUGCUAGUGGCAGUCCAUUUGAUCCUGUUGAAUAUGAGGGCAAGGUUUUCGUUCCCGGCCAGGCAAACAAUGCUUACAUCUUCCCUGGAUUCGGCCUUGGUCUGGUGAUGUGCGGAGCGAUCCGUGUACACGAUGACAUGCUUCUUGCAGCCUCCAAAGCUUUGGCUCAGCAAGUGACUCAAGAACACUACGAUAAAGGAUUGAUCUAUCCGCCUUUCACAAAUAUCAGAAAAAUAUCUGCACAUAUCGCGGCCAAAGUUGCUGCCAAAGCAUAUGAGCUUGGGCUUGCUAGUCAUCUCCCUCGUCCGGAGAACCUGGUGGAGCACGCGGAGAGCUGCAUGUACACUCCUCUCUACCGUAACUACCGAUAAACCAGCUCGAGUUUUACCACAGAAUAGAAUCCAUAUAUAUAUAUAUAUAUAGUGAUCAUUUUAUGCAGCUAUUUUUAAAGCUGCAGUUUAAGUUCAGUUAUGGUUGUGGUUGCUGUUGUGGUUUUUAAUUAAUUAGUUUGGGAAAAAGGCUUUUAAUUGUGUGGGAUUUAUGGUAUUAAUAAUUCUUUUGGUGCUGGUUUGAGGUUCAAAUGCAGCAUUUGGGUUUUAAGUUACUUAGCCUGCAGUGGAGGCUGUUGGAUCUAAUUAAUGAGUAUUCGUUGUAUCAUGACUCUUUGCUUUAUAUUGCAUAUUCAUUAUAGAUUUAAA